AUGGCGCGCACCCCCAAGACGGCCCAUAUCAAGGCGCAGAUGGCCGAGCGGGCGCGGCAGGAGGAGGAGGCACGCAGGAAGUUCGGCCCUCAUGCGACUGCAGAAGGCGACUCAUCCACUGGCGAUGAAGAGGAGAAAGCGGCCGAAGAGAAAGGAGAUGUCGCAGAAGAAGAGGAAGAAGAAGAUGAUGAAGAGGAAGAAGACGCCGAAGAUGCAGACGAAGAGGAAGAAGAUGCAGACGAAGAGGGAGACGGAGAUGAAGAGGUUGAAGAAGAUGAAGAAGAGGGCGCGCAGAAGAAGAAAAAGAAGAAAGGAGCUACCAAGGGCGGGCAGCGCCAAGGGAAGAAGCGCACCGUUUCCGACGUUGAAGACGAGGACCUGGUGCACGUUCUAGCGUUCAAGGCCCAGCAUGACUCGUGGUCCCUGCUUGAUUUCAGCCUACAGGAGUACAUGGAUGCGACGCGACAGAAGAUCGUCAUCGCAGAGGUCAUCAACGUGGCUCGCCGAACGCAGACUUGCGUAAGCAGGUCCGCUUCCGUGGGCUUCCUGACACAGAAAUUCCUCUCGUGCCCGCCCUAUCAGCGGAAGUACAUCUGCACACACGGCUGGAAGGAGCGUGAGAGAUCGACGGGGAAGAGGACGUCGCACAAGCUCCGCCGCACUGAGUGUCCGUUCCAGAUGCUUGCACAAGUCGUCCUUCGCCGAGAUGGAAAGUUGGGCAUCGUCAUGAAGCGAGAAGUUUACAGCCACAACCACCCCAUUUCCGACGACAUCUACAGGUCUUACCCAGCCAGCACUUCCAGCGUGUACAAGUACAUCAGGGAGAACUCGAACCACCGCGUCUCGAUGGACGACGUGCGAAGCAUGAUCAGGCGAAUGAAGACGCAAGGCAAGUGGUUAUGCUGCUGCGUGGAACUGUCCGAUGACGACGCGGUUGCGGAGAUGAUCCUGAACUUCAAUGGAGAGUCGCCCGCUAAUGUAGCUUCCGUUCACGAAAGCCAACGAGGAGAUACUGAUGUUAUCUCGUUUACCAGUGGACACAUGCGCGCGAUGGACAUGCGCGAGAUCGAUGUGAUUCGCAAGAAAUUUCCGGCGGCGCGGAUUCUUCUCUGCCAUUUUCAUGUCAUCAAGUGGCUUCAUGAAACCAUCAAGAAAUCGCAGACCUAUGGAGCCUACGAAGCAGAAGUUUUGACGCAGAUGAAGCACACCAUCACGAACAUGACAUACUCCAGAACUGAGGAAGACUAUGUGCGGCAUCGGGAUGAGUUCAAGAGUCUGGCCUCGCGGAAUGGUCGUGUGGAGCUAUGGGAGUAUUUCGACAAGAACUGGAAUGCGUGCCGAGAGAUGUGUGUGGUGGCUUACCGUGUCGAUUUGCCACACUUCGGCAAUCACACGAAUAAUCGUGUCGAGAGCCUAUUCGGUAAGCUGAAGCGAAAGCUGAAAGGCCAUCUAACUAUGCGCGCUAGUCUGGAGGUGCUUCUGGAAUAUCAGCGCCGCAAAGAAGAAGCCUAUCGGUCCAAGGUCGGGAUGCCGGGUACCCUGAGAGACGCCUCGUACCCUGAGGAGUUGAACGUCGCUCUGGGCAUGACCACGAGGUGGGACAAUGGUGCUACGAUCACCGUACAAAGCGAAGAGAACGAGUAUCUCCUCGAGAAGGAAGGCUGGGUGUGCGACUGCGAGUUUUCGCAGACUAUGAAGCUUCCGUGCAGACAUGCAAUGGUCUACAGAAAAGUGUGUGGAAGCCCCUUCAUCAUCCCAUUCUCUUCCAUUUCGCCCAGGUGGUUUGGACAGAAUCGCAUCUCGCAACAGGAGUUGAUGGAGGUGGAAAAUCCGUUCGUGGCUAAGCUCUACAAAGGGCAUCCAGCUGCGAGCGCUGGCAGUUUGAGUGAAGCCGAGAAGUAUCGGCGUUCGCAGCAGACGUUUGGUCGAAUCAGCAGCGAGCUUGUCCGAUGCGAUGACACUGUGUUCGAGUCUGCGAUGAAGCAGAUUGAUAAGUGGUGGUACGACUUACGUCAAGGGAAGUUUCCGCUGAUGCAAGCUGAUGCAGACUUCGUCGAUGAUUCGGGCCCCGAUCGGGUUGGCGCUAGUGGUAGCGGGGGCAACAGUAUUAGCAGUGAUAGCCACGGAGGCGGUGGAGGUAGCCCAAGAACGGGGGGUACGAAUGCUCGUCCUAGUGCUUCUGGUGGAGAGGAUGCAGCACACGAAAAAGGACCAGAUGAUGACGAAGACGAACCCCCGACACAAGUGACAGCCUCCGCCCAGGAAUCGGUGCAGCCAGGCAAAGGCUCAAAGGUUCGACUGACAAACAAGAUGCGUGUCGGUCGACCACGGUUGAAACGUGCUCAGAUGAGAGAGAAGGCAGCAUUGGCGCUGAAAGAAUACAACAAUGGAAUGAAACUCAGAGCUCUACUACGAGAUAAGGACGUGACGGAAGUGGCAGCAACGCUGGAAUUGAUUAAGCCAGGUGUCCGCGAGCUCAGCUCGUUUUUGACUACGCAUGAAACAAAGAAGAAAGGUGACGGAAAAUCAAUCCAGUGGAUGUCGGACACGGAAUAUAUUUGCGAGGUUGUGCACUUCCGACUACCGGAGUCCGUCGUUGAAGACGCUCUAGCUAAACUGAGAGGUGGUUUGGCAAAAGGGGAGGAGAUUGAGCUGGACUGUGAUGGAGGGGUGACACGCGAAACGGAAGGUUACGUGGCCGCCAUUGAGAAAAACAACGUGACGGUGGUGGUCCCUCCUCGUAAGAAGGGUAAGAUGGGGAAGCACAUACUCGCACCAACGUCGCUGGACGAGGUUGCUAGUGCGCGGCUAGUGAAGACGGAUGACAGCAUGGGUGGGAAGAGAAACAAGAAACGGCUAAAGAAGAUGGCGAGCGAGCUCCUUGCAGGCCCCCUUGAGGAUGAAGCUUACAGCGACAUCGAAGUGACGGAGCCGAAGCAGACAGAUAGCGAUAGCUGCGGGGUGUUUGAGUGCCGUCUAUUGUGGACGUGCGUUGACAGCGAAGUGCCAAGUGAUGUGUCUCCCAGUGGCGUCACCAAGCUGCGUUGGGCAAUGCUGCACAAGAUCACCACGAUGAAGCGUAGCUAG